UGCUUCCUGUUUUUGUCAUGUGAUACAGAGCUGCAUCAUGGCGGAAGCAGAAGAGCAGGGAAGAAAAUCAUGUGAAGACUCCACAGAUGACUCAGAGGAGGAGGAAAGUGAAGAGGAGCCAAAGCUGAAAUAUGAGCGCUUGGCCAAUGGGGUGACUGAGAUCCUACAGAAGGAUGCAGCCAGCUGUAUGACAGUUCAUGACAAGUUUCUGGCACUUGGCACUCACUUUGGCAAGGUGUACCUGCUGGACAUUCAAGGAAAUGUCACCCAGAAGUUUGAAAUUAGUCCGGUGAAAAUAAAUCAGAUCAGUCUGGAUGAAGGCGGGGAGCAUGUUGGCAUCUGCUCAGAAGACGGCAAGGUCCAGGUAUUCGGACUAUACACCAGGGAGGGGUUCCAUGAUAACUUUGACUGUCCCAUCAAGGUAGUGGCACUUCAUCCUCAGUUUGGAAAAUCAAACAGUAAGCAGUUUGUCACUGGAGGGAAUAAGCUCAUGUUGUAUGAGAGAAACUGGCUGAACCGCUGGAAGACUGUCACUUUACACGAAGGAGAAGGCACCAUUACCAGCAUCAAAUGGAGAGCAAAUUUGAUCGCUUGGGCAAACAAUGUGGGUGUCAGGAUUUACGACUUCAGCACCAAGCAGCGAAUCACCACUGUGCUGAGGGACAAUACCAGCCUGCGUCCAGAUAUGUAUCCCUGCAGCCUGUGCUGGAAGGACAAUACCACUCUUAUUAUUGGCUGGGGAACAUCUGUUAAGAUCUGUGCAGUGAAAGAACGGGACCCAACAGAAAUGAGAGACUUACCCAGCCGCUACGUUGAAAUUGUGUCUGCGUUCGAGACAGAGUUCUUCAUCAGUGGGCUGGCGCCUCUUGCAGACCAGGUGGUUGUUCUCUACUAUGUGAAGGAGAUCUUGGAUGACCAGCAGGAGGAGGAAUUCAGGGCUCGGCCUCGACUGGACAUCAUCCAGCCACAUUCAGAGAGCUUUGAGGAGAUCUCCUCCGAUGCGCUGACCGUCAGGAACUUCCAAGAGAAUGAGUGCAGGGAUUACCGGCUGGAACAUUCCGAAGGCGAGUCUUUGUUCUACAUCAUCAGUCCUAAAGAUAUAGUGGUCGCCAAGGAGCGGGACCAGGAUGACCACAUUGACUGGCUCCUUGAAAAGAAAAAAUACGAUGAAGCUCUGAUGGCAGCUGAAAUAAGCUACAAAAAUAUAAAACGUCACGAUGUUCAGAAAAUCGGCAUUUCCUACAUCAAUCACUUGGUGGAGAAAAAGGAGUAUGAAAUGGCUGCAAGAAAAUGUCAGAAGGUGCUGGGGAAAAACAUGGACCUUUGGGAAAAUGAAGUGUACAGGUUCAAGACUAUUGGACAGCUUAAGGCCAUCAGUCAGUACUUACCUAGAGGGGACCUGCGGUUGAGACCAGCCAUUUAUGAAAUGAUACUCCACGACUUCCUGAAGAGUGAUAUUGAGGGCUUUGCUAUGCUGAUCCGAGAGUGGCCAGGGGAGCUGUAUAACAACAUGACCAUUGUCCAGGCUGUGAGGGACCGCCUGAAGAAAGACCCUGAAAACAGGAUACUGCUGACAACUCUGGCUGAACUGUUUACAUAUGACCAGCGUUACGACAAAGCUUUGGAGAUCUACUUGAGACUGAGACAUAAAGAUGUCUAUCAGCUUAUUCAUAGACACAACCUGUUUUCCUCAAUUGAAGAUAAAAUCGUUCUUUUGAUGGAAUUUGACAAAGAGAAAGCUGUUGAUAUGUUGCUGGACAAUGAAGACAAAAUCUCGAUAGACAGGGUGGUGGAGGAGUUGAAGAAUCGUCCUGAACUACUGCAUGUAUACCUGCAUAAGCUGUUCAAAAGAGACCAUCACAAGGGACAGAAGUACCAUGAGAAGCAGAUAGGAUUGUACGCAGAAUAUGAUCGCCCUAACCUGCUGCCCUUCCUGAGAGACAGCAUUCACUGCCCAUUGGAGAAGGCACUUGAAGUUUGUCAACAGAGAAACUUUGUGGAGGAGACUGUGUUUUUGCUAAGCAGGAUGGGCAACAGUCGACGGGCUCUACAGAUGAUAAUGGAAGAGCUCCACGAUGUAGACAAGGCCAUUGAGUUUGCCAAGGAGCAGGAUGACGCUGAGCUGUGGGAAGACUUGAUCUCCUAUUCCAUUGACAAGCCUCCCUUUAUCACAGGCCUGCUGAAUAACAUUGGAACCCAUGUUGAUCCUAUCCUCCUGAUUCACCGCAUCAAGGAAGGCAUGGAAAUCCCGAACCUGAGAGAUUCAUUAGUCAAGAUCCUUCAGGACUACAACUUGCAAAUUUUACUUCGAGAAGGCUGUAAGAAGAUAUUGGUUGCAGACUCAUUAUCACUGCUAAAGAAAAUGCAGAGAACUCAGAUGAGAGGUGUCCGGGUGGACGAAGAGAAUAUUUGUGAAUCAUGUCACGCUCCAAUAUUGCCAUCAGAUACAGCCAAGACCUUCAACGUGGUGGUGUUUCACUGCAGACACAUGUUUCACAAGGAGUGCUUACCCUCCCCGGGAACUAUUCCCGCAGUUCAGUUUUGUAACAUCUGCAGUGCAAAACGUAGAGGUCCUGGCAGUGGAAUUAUAGAGAUGAAGAAAUAGACUGUGUUCACGAUGAAAAGAGACUUCACGUUGUGUCUUUUUUUCUUUCGUUAAAAUGUGUUUGUGUCUUUCUGUCACUUAACUGUUUUCUUGGCAUGUCCUCAGCUAUGGCCCUCUCUGCUCACAAUGGAAAUAACGGCUUUGAAAUAAUAAAUUGUAUACUCAUGCCCUUCCAACAUUAAACUUAAUUUAUGUAACAGGUCUGCUAUUCUGUGUACAGAAGUUCUGCAACACUGCUUUGAACUCCGUGUAAAGGUGUCUGAAAUAAAUCAUGUAACAAUAAGUUGAGCAUAUAAUUCAACACAUUUACCAACAUAUUUUUAUUUACUAGAGAGUUAGGGAAAUAUUAGACAAUUUUUAAAUCUCUCUUUAAAGACAAUGUAAUUAGCUAACAUGCUUAUCAGUCACACAAAAUGUGUGGUAUUAUUAAUAAUAAAAAUAAAUAUACUGUAUCUACAUAAGAAAGGUGGCAAAUAAGAGGAGGCCAUCAAGACCUUUUGUUUAACUGCCAGUGACAAAUUGAUGUGAGAAUCUCAUCCAGGUCUUUUUUGAAAGAUGCCAGGGAGUGCUUGGACAGCAUGCCUGGGUAUCUUGUUCCAGGCUACCACUGUAAAACUAUCUUAUAUAGUCAAAAUAUAGUACUUCUGUAGUUCUAAAGAAAGUGCAUCCACUGUUUCCACAGGAACAGUACAGUACUUUAAGGAUAUUUUAAUAUUUUGUCAUAUCUGAGAUCACCUCCCUCCAGAUGUUAUCCUUUUGUAAAUAUUGUGUGAGCUUAACAAUCAAAUGAUAACAAUUUAAAUCUUACAAGCAGAGAGUCCAUAUAUAAAGUUGGAUUUUAAGGUAUCUAGGAUCCCUCUUUUCCAGUCCCAGUUCUAAUUUCAAAGAAAAACUAAAGGUUAUUGUAAUUGUUACUGGUUUUCUCUAAAUGCAACACUUUUGAUACAUUCCUUGUUUGGUUGAAAAUAAAUUAUGUGUUCGCACUAAGGAUAUGGUACAGUAAAUGUCUUUGAAGGCUUUUAAAGGGGUAUUGAUUAUUAUACCCUGCAUCCUAAAAACUGUGCAAUUAAUAAAAUAACUAUUGUAUUUAUGCAGCUUUUUGAAAGUGCUAA